GAAGAUGCAGGUCAGGAGGACGACGUCUCUGGAUUAUUAUUGGGAUUGUUACUAUCGCUCGCUUUCCCCCUAACAUGCCCGAGGCUUCCCUUGCAGCGGCGCGGGGUUAGCUUUGUCCAUCCCGGUGUGUGGAGGUGAGAUGAGAAGCGUAACGCGGCGGGCGGCUGGGCGUGUGAGCAUCGGCUGAGAAGAGCUGCAGCCUCCCAGAAAAGACGGCUAGCUCCUCCUCCUCCUCGUGUUCAGCCUCACCCGGUUCUGAAACCCGUCAUCUCUGUGGCCGUCCGAUGCCGAACACGUCGGAAGGUCAGGGAGCAAACCUGUCCGGGCCGGCGGGGCCGUCGGGCCUGCAGAGGCCCGCCGACGGGGAGGUGGAACAUGGGCUUCUCAGCUCCCUUGCCCGGGACGCCGUGAGAAUGAGGCGGGCUUCUAGUGCGGAGCUGCACCUGCCCUGGACCUGCCCCGUCACGCACUCACGGGAGAAGUUCUACACGGUGUGCUCCGACUACGCCCUGCUCAACCAGGCGGCCUCCGUGUACCGCCCCCCUAAUGCAGCCAGGGACGCUUCCUCUGUGAAGAAGCAGGAAGACGGGCCUCCCAAACACAAGUCCAAACCUCCGGCCGACUUCGGCGCCUGUCAGACCGGAGGGGCCCACGUGGGAUCAGACGUGGACUGUGACAUGGAAGAAGUGACCUCUGGUCACCACAAGCCCAUCCUGGCCUGGGAGAUCGACACGACAGACUUCAACGCAGUGUUAACCAGAAAAAUAAGAACAAGCAACGGUAAAAAAAGCAGCAGCAAGAAGAUGAAGUCGUCCGACAGGCCCAGUCGCAACCUGCAGGACGUUCCCGCUCACGCCUCGCUGGAGGAGAUCAAACAGAGGAAAGUGCUUGACCUCCGAAGAUGGUACUGCAUCAGUCGGCCUCAGUACAAGACUUCCUGUGGCAUCUCCUCCCUGGUGUCCUGCUGGAACUUCCUAUACAGCACUCUGGGUGCGGGGAGUCUCCCACCCAUCUCUCAAGAGGAGGCGCUGCAUAUUCUGGGUUUCCAGCCGCCGUUUGAAGAAAUCAAGUUUGGCCCCUUCACUGGAAACGCCACCCUGAUGCGGUGGUUCAGACAGAUCAAUGACAACUUCAGAGUGCGAGGCUGCUCCUACAUUCUGUACAAGCCGCACGGGAAGCACAAAACUGCCGGAGAAACAGCCGAAGGAGCGUUGAUGAAACUGACACACGGGCUGAAGGACGAGUCCAUGGCCUACAUCUACCACUGUCAGAACCACUACUUCUGCCCUGUGGGCUUCGAAGCCACGCCACUCAAAGCCGCAAAGGCUUACAGGGGUCCUCUACCCACAAAUGAAAUGGAGUACUGGAUCUUAAUCGGAGAACCCAGCAGAAAACACCCGGCGAUACACUGCAAAAAGUGGCUGGACAUCGUGACUGACCUGAACACACAGAACCCGGAGUACCUGGACAUCCGCCACACGGAGAGGGGGAUCCAACGACGCAAGACCAAAAAGGUCGGGGGGAACCUGCACUGCAUCAUGGCCUUCCAGAGGGUGAACUGGCAGAAGCUCGGGCCCUGGGCGCUGAACCUGGAGAACCUGCGGCACGACUACCACCACUCGGCCGCCGAGCGCGGCCACGGGAGCGCGGCGGAGGACGGCGAGGAGAGGGCCUCGUCCAAGCGGCUGGCCCACCUGGGACGGUCACAGAGCAUGGGGAGUCAGAAGGACAGCAGCUGGAAACGCCUGUCCAACACCGCCGAUUACAGACAGCGGAGCUCGCCGGACAGCGACCUGGAGGAGGACAUGACAGACUGAAGCGGCCCGCCGCGUCAGCUCAGCGGAGAGACUCUUUUCCAGAUGUGUUUGGUGUUUUUUCUGUCCGACAAAUGUCCGGAAAAUACCAAAACCUCCUUUUUGUUUUAGGCCAGAAUUCAAAAACCUUCUGGUCACACACACACGGUUUUGGAGUGACGGGACACUGUAGUUCACUGUCGUCGGCGGAGUGUUUGUCGGGGACUGUUGUAAUGAAGAAACAUGCCAGCAGAUUCUAGGACUUUUUUUUUUUCUCUUUUUGACGGCAAAAGUAUCAGAAAACAUCACUGCCCUGUUUUCAGAUGGCGUCAUGUUGGCUCGAGGCUCUUCAGUCCAUUGCACCAAAUGUUUGAGUUUGUCAGUCAGAAUCUGUCCUGCAGCUUCUCGUUUACCCUUUUCUCCAUCAGUAGCAUCUGCAAACGUCACACCAGCCUCUCUGAGCUCUUACCGAGGCUCCUCAGUGCGCCGCGUCAAAUCACUGCAUGAUGUAGCAGUGGGUGCAGCUUUAACGCAACUGUUCACAUGACUUUAGAUACAUGUCCAUCCAAUGAAGUAGAUAUCUCAACUUGUAUAUUGGAGGGCAACAACAAUCUUAUUUUUAUAACGUAUGCACAAAACAACAACAAAAAAAAAUUUGAUAGGUUUAGCAAACUUUAAAUGAGGAUAAAGUGCGGACGAAUAUCAGGCUGUGUUUGAAUAAUUCUUCAACCGAGAGCUCAGGAAGCCCGUUGCAGAUGACAAGUUUAGACAAAGCUGUGGCCUCUAAGAAACAAUUAAGGAGUCAGGUGUUGAAUUACAGGCUCAUUGUUCUUGAAAGAAAGAUGUUUUAUAAGGUGGCCUCUCACAAUAAAAGCAGAUUGCAGUGGAGACAAGCUAGUAACAGUGAACCAAGGGGGCUGCCAUAGUUUUAAGAUAAUCACAGACUGAGAAAAGAAGCCUCUCGACUUCAUGUAGCAAGCACAAAAACCAUAAACCACUGGUACUUGGAGGGCAUUGACAGCACUACCCUCAGACAUGAACUCUGAACGACACGACGCGACCCCGCCUCUCUUUCGUUGUACAGGUACAGUCAGUGGGCUUGUUUCUUCGCCUGGCUAGUGGGUAGAUCAGUGGCGAUGCCGUGCAGUCAAAGUGUUGUAAAAGCAGCUGACAUUUUAUGCGUGCGUGUGUGUGUGUGUGUUUGCUUUGUGAAUCCUCCAAUAAAACAGGUGCCCAGAUCAGUGUUUGCCACACCGGGUGGGCCACCAACAAACACACUGACGUUUCUACAAAAAUCUGACCAUCUGCUUGAAUUUGGUGUUUUUGGAGAAGUAGAAAACAUGUCAAGUCCAGUUUGUGUUUCGGCCCCACGUUCAUUUCAAGCUUCUGAACCCAGAUAUGUAAACACACACUGCAGUCAAUCAAAAUGCUGAUUGAUGUUCCAAGGCGGGCGGUCGCCACACAAUGACCACAGGAGUCAAACUUAGCUAGUUUCAUUUAUUUUCUCCCUCGCAGCAUCAUUGUAAACAUCUGCAAAAUUAAAAAAACCCUCCCAGCAGUGAUAAAAUAAAAUAACUUAGCUUACAAACAACAGACACGGAUCUUCAGGAGAAGAGAUGACGGCAGGAGUUUCUUAUUUAAAGAAAUGGGCAAUAAAAAAAAAAUCCUUUUUGA